GUUGAUUAUGAGCCAUACAACUUCUUGGGCUUGCUAGAUUGGUUAGUAGAGGGUCAUUUUCCUGAUCCAUUGGGACUUCUAAGCUUAACCCAAUUUUAAGCUACUUUUUCUUCUGCUAUCCUAAGGUCUAACCGGAACCAUUAAGAUCAAUUCACUGUUUUUCAGGGACAAUUGCUCCUCCUUCUUCUGGUUGGAUUGUUCCAAGUCUUCAUUGGACCAUCCAUAUUCGCAUUGGACUCAACUAUGCCCGAUUCAACACCCGCCGCCAUCAUCACCACCACCACCGUUGCACCAAAUGAAAUUGAAUUGCCACAGGGUAUUUUGGAAUUUUUUCCUUGUAACAUCGGAACACAAUGCUCCGGGUCAGAACGAUUGAUGGGAGGUGGUCCAACCAUUUUGGAUGUUACAGAGUGUAUUCAGUUUUGCGUACGAACCGUUGCCAAUGAAGGUUUGUCCCAAGUUGUGUUUGAGGAAGGCAACUCUUGUUUGUGUCAUCUUAGUGGUACAUGUAUCAUAUCUGAUGCUCCUCCAGGCGAGAUAACCCAAGUGUAUUCCAAGGGAUCGGAUGAAGCCUGCCCCUAAAGAAAAAGUGCCUCUCUCGACCAAGAGUUACCUUGAUUAACAACGAUCGCCCUAGAAGGAAUGUUAAUUGUGUCCAUGUAAAUUCAAAUGAUUGAAUUGUAUUUUGAAUCAUUCAAAUAAAGUACUUGUUUUCAACAUAUGUCAAUAAGUGUAAGGAGUAC